UCAGCGCAAAAUGUAGUGCAGCCCGCUGGGCGUUUCGCUGUUGCAGAGUGACAAGUUCCGAUUCUCUGGAUCUUCGUGUGCUCCUACUGAUGCGCUGAGAUAAUCGUUCGCCAAGGAUCGUCGUCACCAAGUGACUGCAUUCUUAUCUACCGAUGGGAGCGAUCCCCAGUAAACGCUAGUCCAAAUGCGUUGUUCUGUGCUCGUGAACACUGCGAUACCGUCAAGCCAGAAACCGGAAUCUGUGAAUCUCCGUCAGCUCUGACAGUCACCGAAAAGCAUCCCGCCUCGUGAGGGGUCAAUCAAGCUCGAGAGCAUUGCGAGAGCGAAUUUCAGGAGACUAUGCAACAGACCGAAGUCGCUGCCGAGAGCGGCACGGCGCCGCCGGCGGUCGCAUCGGACGACCCUAUGAAGAAAUAUUUGAACCAUGCACAAGGCCCCGACUCGAUCCGCGCAUGGUACGUGGCAUUCUUCGCGGUGCUCUACGUCUUCUUCAGCUGGUGUGCAUUCAGCUCCACUCCCGUUCUAUAUGUUGCUCUCAUGGAGACGAACCCUUGGCUCUCGAGAGAAACGGCUUCGUGGCCCUUCACCGUCAUGUCGUGCUGUACUUUCACCGGGAGUGCAAUCUUCGGCCUCCUUGUCAGGAGGGUCUCCGAGAGGAAUCUACUGCUACUCGGGACGCUGCUGUCAUCAUCUUCUCUGCUCUUGAGUUCGUUCUUCACGCACAAUGUCACAGUCCUGGCAGCCUUACUCGGCCUUGGACAUGGUUUCGGGAUUGCGGGUAGCACGUGUAUACCCUCUGCUGUGAUAACGCAACACUUCAUCAAGUACCGAGCGACGGCGAUGUCGCUAUUCUCGAUUUUCGCCUCGCUGAGUGGAAUCAUAUACCCGAUCUUGGCGACUUUCGUUUACAGGGAAUAUUCGCUCUCUGGCCUGCUGCUUAUUUUGUCUGCGCUCUCCUGCAAUCAACUCCUUUCAGUGAUUGUUUGCGAUGCAGCUCCCUGGAAAGCAGCACUGCAGUCGCUGGUGGCUAGCAAGGCAGCUGACGACAAGAAAUCAGGCUCGGAACGAUUCUGUCGCCCUUUGCUCGUUAAUACGUGCAUAACGAAUGCUCUAUCGAAUUUCAUCAUGUUCGCACUAGUUUUAUUCGUAAUCGAUUUCGAGACAGACAAUGGCAUCGAUAGCGCAGACGGGGCCUUUCUGGUUGUAAUGACAUGCUUCGGAUGGCUGAUAGCGAGCAUUUUCGUGGGUCCCAUCGUAGAUCGCGGAAAAUAUUAUGAUCGUUACGUCAUUCUGAGCUCGUGCGUUUUACAAGCACUAGCUCUAAUGUUCAUGAUCUCGCCCAUCGGAAAAGGAGUAUAUUGGUGUCAGAGUUUAGCCUCCUUCUUUGUCGGAUGGGGUCAGGGUAGCAGAGGCUUCCUGAUGUUCGUGAUGCUGAGUAAAAAAUACUCGCCGAAUUUAGUCCCCAUGGCUUUUGCCGUGAUGAAUCUUAGCUGUUUCUUGCCUUUCCUUCUGAGGACCCCUCUGAUCGGGCUCAUACGCGAUAACUUGGGGGAAUACGAUUACAUAUUCUAUCUAUUCAUAUUUAUAAACUUCAUUCUUACAGUGGAUUGGCUUGCGAUGUCAAUAUGGAAAUAAAAGCGAUCGCGUAGGC